ACCAUGUCACGUGACGCCGCAGUGGGGCUUCUUCCAGAAGCGGAGCGUCUUCCUGUCGCAGACCAGAGUAUGUGGAAUUGAAAUCUGUUAAUUACUGAAAAACUUUAAACAUGUUGUCCAGGUUACUGAAAGAGCACCAGGCAAAACAAAACGACAGGAAAGAACUGCAGGAAAAGCGCAGAAGAGAAGCGAUUGCUGCGGCUACAAGCCUGACAGAGGCUCUGGUAGACCACCUCAAUGUUGGGGUGGCCCAGGCCUAUGUGAACCAGCGCAAACUGGACCAUGAGGUGAAGACGCUGCAGACCCAGGCUGGCCAGUUUGCCAAGCAGACCUCACAGUGGAUCAGCAUGGUGGAGAACUUCAACCAGGCAUUAAAGGAAAUCGGUGAUGUGGAGAACUGGGCCCGUAGUAUAGAGAUGGACAUGCGGACUAUCGCCACAGCGCUGGAGUACGUGCACAAGGGCCAGCUGCAGCCUGCCUCCUCCUGAGAGCACUGACCAUUCAUUACCAUCUCACCAGUGGCUUACACUGCCUUCAAUACACACUUCAAUUGCUUCCUAUGGUUAGGAUGAACCCGUAACCCUGCUACUCUUAUCUGGAGAUGUACUGAUAUUUUUUUUUUUCUAAGAGGGAAAAAUUGUUAAAGUAAUAAAAAUGGAGGUGGAACCAAUGUAGUAAAUUAACAAUGGGACAUUAUCAGCAACUAUUUUUAAUACCAGUGUCAUUAUUUAAGUGUAGUAUAUACAAAAUAAAGUUUUAUCCACCCCCAAA